UCAAUAAAUUUAGCUCAAAGGACAACAACCUGAAAUGGAAUGGUUGUUUUCAAGAUUGUUUUGAAACUCUAGCAAAGAGUCCAAUGAGAGUUAGCUCAUUCAUUUAUCAAAGAUAAGAGCAGUAUUUUCAUCUGUUCUUUCUCUGAUUUGACUUUGAAAAAACGAGUCUGAACUUUUUAACAAUUCCGAGUGAAUUGUGUGGUCCCUCUUUUCUCCAUGAGCUCUGUAAGGUAUUUUUAUUGCUAUUUCUUUACAUUGAGAAACUGAGAUUGAAGGACGAUAAGAAAUUGGCUGAAAGUCACUCAAUCAGUAAAUUGGUAAAUGUUAGAACCAUAAUAGAAUCCAGUUCUGUUUAACUUGAAAGCCUAUGAUUUUUGCACAUUAUGACCUUAUGUUUUCCAUUAUUCCCAUCCUUUGGUCACCAAAUGACUUUACUUUCAGUGAAGAGGCUUGGGGUCUAUGACAGUUGCUUAUGGUAUCAGUGCCCAUCUCUAGCUGUUGUCAUUCUUCUAUAUAAACAGUGAUUUUUACUGCUCAAGAGGGAACCUCUCAAGGUGCUUCUAAAACACGACUCCAGCUGGAGGGUGCUUUGUAAACUAUUCAAAGUCAGGAUGAAUACAGACUCAAAGGAGGUUUUGCCCAUGGAUGUACAUGGUCCUGAGGCUUGGGAAGAACUGACCGUGAAGGUGGAGACGGAAAGUCGCCUCCAGAUGCAGGAAUCCAGACUGAAACGUAGCAGUCCCCUGGCGAGGGAAGUCUUCCGAACGCGCUUUCGACAGCUGUGUUACCAGGAAACUCCUGGACCCAGGGAGGCUCUCACCCAGCUCCGCGAGCUGUGCCGCCAGUGGUUGAGGCCUCAUGCCAGCACGAAGGAGCAGAUCCUGGAGCUGCUGGUGCUGGAGCAGUUCCUGACCAUCCUGCCCAAGGAGCUCCAGGCCUGGGUGCAGGAGCACUGUCCAGAGAGCGGGGAAGAGGCUGUGAUUCUGCUGGAGGAUCUGGAGAAGGAGCUCGAUGAACCACAACUUGAGAUGGUAGCCUACGGACAGGGACGAGAAGUCUGCUCUGGAGAGACGGUGCCUCUAGGCGAGCAGACAUCACUGAGCCUUCAGUCCCAGCCCGAGGAGCCCCAGCUCCCGCGUGACACUGCCCAAGAGUCCCACCCUACUGGAGAGACAGACACAUUUCUGUUGUCCACACCUGUUGUCCUCCCCCAGCUAAAAGGAGCAGGAGAACCGUGGUCUGACAACAGAGGAGCCCUACAAGGCGCCCGUUCUGAUGGAACGAGCAUGGCUGAGGACAGAGAAGUGGUGCCGAGGAAAGACUGUCCUAAGAUAGCGGAGUCCCGCGGGGAAGUCCUUUCUGCACAGACCUGGGAGGAGGCACGCGGGGGUCCCGGGCCUGGACCCGGCUGGGCAGAGGGGCGCCGGGGCGGCCCCCCCGGGCGGGGAUGGCACACAUGUGACGAGUGCGGCAAGACCUUUGCCCAGAAUUCGGGCCUCACCCGCCACCGCAGGGUGCACACGGGCGAGAGGCCCUACGCGUGCGGCGAGUGCGGGAAGGCGUUCAGCCGCAGCUCGGGGCUGUUCAAUCACCGCGGCAUCCACGACGCGCACCGGCGGUACCGCUGCCGGGAGUGCGGGAAGGCCUUCAGCCAGAGCGCCGGCCUCAUCCAGCACCAGCGCAGCCACCGGCCGGAGCGGCCGCACCGCUGCGCCCAGUGCGGGAAGAGCUACGGCCGGCGCUCCUUCCUCCUGGAGCACGAGCGCAGCCACACGGGGGAGAGGCCGCACCGCUGCGCCCGCUGCGGGAAGGACUUCACCCGCCAGUGCAACCUCAUCCGCCACCAGAAGACUCACGCGGCCACGGGGCCGCGGUGACCCCGGGGCGCGCCUGUCCCGGGUCACGGGCCCGGCCCCCGGGGAGGGGAAGGCCAGGAAGCGUCGUCUUAUCGCCCCCUCCUUGCGUUUUGGAGCAGACGCUGAGCCGUGGUCUGGGCAAAUCCGAAGAGGAAGCUUUGGGUGUUUGCACCUGCUGCUUCCGCGCCCUGGUUCUCCCCCUCCACACCCUGCUUCGCCCCGUCCCCACCCUGCUUCGCCCUGUACUCACCCUUCUUGUUUACUCAGAUGGCAGCUGCUGAACCUUCCUAGUAAUGGAAUAAAUGGCGCUGCCAGGCCGAUAUGCCUGAAA